AAAAAUAUUUCUGGUGUUAACUUAAAUUUUUCUCCAUUUCUUUCAUUGGUUUUCACUAAUAUCACUGAGAGAUUUUAUUAGUAACAGUGCAUUAUUUGGAAAAUCUACAAAAUGCUUCAGAAAGGAUUCAUGAAUGAGUCUGGAAGCGAGUCCACAAGUGACAAAGGAGAGAAGAGCGACUCCAGCGGAUCAGGAUCCGGUAGCGAAAGUGAUAGCGGUUCUAGCUCAUCCGCCUCUGGGUCAGGCGAUCGAUCUGGUUCAGACAAAUCAUCUGCAGGAGAUAGGUCACAUCAUAGUGAUGACACUAGAUCAUCACAAAAACACAGUAAUCCCAAUUCUUCAAAAUCAGAUCAUCCCACUGACAAAGACUCUUCAGGUGAAGAUGGACAUAAGUUCAAAUCUAGGAAUAAUCAUGGAAAAGUGACAUCAGAUAUCUGGGAAGAUAACCCAGAUAUAUAUGGAAUCAGAAGAUCAGGCAGAUCCCGAAAGGAACCAGAUAGACUCAAAAUUGUAGAUAGUGAUUCCAGUGACAGAGGGAAAAGCAACAGAAGAAAAAAUAGAAAAAAGAGUGAUUCAUGGAACUCUGAUACGUCAGACAGUGAUAGUGAUUUGAAAGGUUCACCCCCUCCACCAUCAAAGCGACCAGGCCAAAGAAGUGUACCACUGAGAAAAAGAAAGCCAACUAGAAGAAGAAGGUUUACUAGUGAUGAAGAAGAAAGUUCUGAAGGAUCAGAUGAAGAUACUAAAAGCCGAACAGCAACAAGAAGGACUGGUGCAGCAGUUAGUUAUAAAGAAGCUAGUGAUGAACAAACAGAUUCUUCUGAUCUUUUGGAAGUGGAAGGUGUAGAUGGUGAGGGUGAAGCUGAACCGGAGCCAGAAGAUCAUAGUGAGACCAUUGAAAGGGUUCUUGGACACAGAAGAGGGAAGAAAGGAGUCACUGGCAAUGUGACUACAGUUUAUUAUAUCGAGGAACAUGGAGAUCCAAAUGAAGGGUGUGAUCCUAAAGAUGAAGAAACCACUGAGCCUCAGUAUCUGAUCAAAUGGAAAGGUUGGUCCCACAUUCACAACACAUGGGAAUCUGAGAAAUCAUUAAAUGAACAAAAAGUUAAAGGUCUUAAGAAGUUAGAAAACUACAUAAAAAAGGAGGCUGACCUUUCUUGGUGGAGACAACAAGCAGGGCCUGAAGAUAUUGAUUAUUUUGAAUGUCAAGCUGAGCUACAACAAGAACUAGUAAAGACGUACAACUUUGUAGAGAGAAUAAUAGCUGAACAAACACGUGAAUUGGAAGGAGGUGGUACUGCUCAUGAAUAUUUUUGUAAGUGGGAGUCAUUGCCAUAUGCUGAAGCUACAUGGGAAGAUGCUUCCUUAAUAGAUAAGAGAUGGCCUGAACAAGUAGAGCAUUUCAAAUACAGAGAAGCGGCCAAAACUACCCCAUCAAGGCACUGUCCUGUUUUAAGAAGAAGGCCAAAGUUUCAUCAACUCAAGGAGCAACCUGAAUAUAUGGGCAAAGAUCAGUCUUGUAUAUUGAGAGACUACCAAAUGGAUGGUUUGAACUGGUUAAUACAUUCCUGGUGUAAAGACAAUUCGGUGAUACUUGCUGAUGAAAUGGGUUUAGGAAAAACCAUACAGACAAUUUGUUUCUUGUACUACCUGUUCAAAACUCAACAACUGUAUGGGCCAUUCCUUUGCGUGGUGCCUUUAAGCACCAUGACUGCUUGGCAAAGAGAAUUCCAACAGUGGGCGCCAGAUAUAAAUGUGGUUACUUAUAUUGGUGACGUCAUCAGUAGGGACAUUAUUAGACAGUUCGAAUGGAGUUUUGCUAGCUCAAAGAGGCUAAAGUUUAAUGCCAUCCUUACCACAUAUGAGAUUUUAUUAAAAGAUCGACAAUUUCUAAGGUCUUUUAGUUGGGCCUGUUUACUAGUAGAUGAAGCACACAGAUUAAAAAAUGAUGAUUCUUUACUAUACAAAGCUCUGAAAGAAUUUGACACCAAUCAUAGAUUGCUCGUCACUGGUACGCCCCUACAAAACUCACUCAAGGAACUAUGGGCCCUUUUGCACUUUAUUAUGCCUUACAAGUUUGAGUCUUGGGAAGAUUUUGAGAAAGACCACGAGGAUGCUGCUACAAAGGGCUAUGAGAAAUUGCACAAGCAACUGGAACCCUUUAUAUUACGAAGGCAGAAGAAAGAUGUGGAAAAGUCUUUACCAGCAAAGGUCGAACAGAUAUUGCGGGUAGAGAUGACGUCUAUACAAAAACAAUAUUAUAAAUGGAUCCUCACUAAAAAUUACAGUGCGCUUCGUAAAGGGGUUAAAGGAUCAAUAAACACCUUUAUAAACAUUGUUAUUGAAUUAAAGAAGUGUUGUAAUCACGCAUUGCUGACGAAACCAGAAGACUUUGAAUCGAGAGCGUCACUUGCAACAACUGACGCUGUUGAGAAACUAUUAAGGGGCUCCGGAAAAUUACUCCUGCUGGAUAAACUGCUCUGCAGGCUGAAAGAGACUGGUCAUCGAGUUUUGAUUUUUUCUCAAAUGGUCAGAAUGUUGGAUAUUCUAGCUGAAUAUUUACAAAGGAGACAUUUUCCUUUUCAACGCCUGGACGGUAGUAUCAAAGGCGAAAUUAGGAAGCAAGCUUUAGACCAUUUUAAUGCAGAAGGAUCUCAGGAUUUCUGUUUUCUGUUGUCGACGCGAGCUGGCGGUCUUGGUAUAAACUUGGCAACUGCUGACACUGUGAUAAUUUUUGAUUCCGAUUGGAAUCCGCAGAAUGAUUUGCAAGCGCAAGCUCGAGCCCACCGAAUUGGUCAAAAGAAUCAAGUUAAUAUUUAUCGCCUAGUCACUGCCAGGUCAGUGGAAGAAGAUAUCGUUGAGAGAGCCAAGCGGAAGAUGGUUUUAGAUCACCUCGUUAUUCAGCGAAUGGAUACCACUGGAAGAACAGUGUUGAAUAAACGGGACGCCUCGGGAACCACUGCAAAUAAUCCAUUUAAUAAAGAAGACUUGAAUGCAAUUUUGAAAUUCGGAGCUGAAGAGUUAUUUAAAGAUGAUGAUGAAAACGAUGAGGAUCCUGUCUGUGAUAUUGACGAAAUUUUGCGACGUGCUGAAACAAGAGACGAAGGUCCGUCAAUGGUGGGCGACGAAUUAUUGUCGGCGUUCAAGGUGGCCAGUUUUGCGUUUGACGAAGACAAAGCUGUUAUGGAAGUCAAAAAAGAAAACGAGGAAGAAAGCAAAGAUUGGGAUGAUAUUAUACCUGACAAUGUUAAAAAGACAUUAGCAGAAGAAGAAAAAAAUAAAGAAAUGGAAGACUUGUAUUUACCACCAAGAAGAAAGAAUUUGCAACAAAAUAAUGCUGAUAAUAAACGAGGCCGUAAAGGGCGCAGUCGAGGUUCAGGCGAAGGUGGAGACGUAGAUGGCGAAGGGGACGCUGAGAGCGAUGCGUCCGAUGGUGACGCCAGCGCCAAUGACGACGACCGACCGAGGAAAAGAGGUCGCCCUCCUGCUUCGCACAGAGAAAAGAUCAAGGGCUUCACAGAUCAAGAGAUUAGGAGAUUUGUAAAGAGCUUUAAGAAAUUCUCCGCACCGUUGAAGCAUCUCGAUAGUAUUGCAUGCGAUGCAGAGCUGCAGGAAAAGCCUCUAGCUGAACUCAAGAGGUUGGGCGAAAUAUUACAAGAAAGAUGCAAGGCCGUUUUAAAUGAAACUACAGAAACGCCCAAUGAACAAAGUGACGGCCGAAAAAAUGCAAGAAAAUCUUUUAAACUUGGUGGCGUGCCAGUUAAUGCAAAAACAUUGAGUGCUUGUCAAGAAGAGCUGGCUCCAUUAGAUGAAUUCUUACCACAGACUAAAGAAGAAAGAUUGAAAUGGCAAUUGGAUUUCAGAACAAGGCCUGCUAACUUCGAUGUAGAAUGGGGAGUGGCAGAUGAUUCCAAACUCCUUGCUGGUAUUUACCAAUACGGAAUGGGUUCCUGGGAAGCAAUAAAAAUGGACUCGUCAUUUGAGAUAGGAGACAAGAUGUUGACAAAUGAAGACAAGAAACCCCAAGCUAAGCACUUGCAGUCAAGGGCAGAAUACUUGUUGAAACUAAUAAAGAAAUUGCUCGAUCAGAAAAAUGGCAAGCAGAAACAGAGGAAACCACGAACUAAACGUGGAAAUAAAGAGCCCGUUACUAAAGAUAUUAUAGAAGAUGAUAUCAGCUCAGGGGAUGAAGCCAAAAAAAAUAAAACGACUAAAAGCGAUAAUAAGACAAAGUCUAAGUUAGAAGAAAUAUCAACUCAUGAUGAAACGUCACAAGAUAAGGCUUCAAAAGACAAAAAGCGCACAAAGAAGGAAGGCAAAGAUCGGACUAAAGGCGAGAAAGUGAAAGGUCGCAAGAAACCCGCUGGACCUAUGCAUUUUACUGCUAACAAUGAACCACGAGCAUUGGAGGUGUUAGGGGACCUUGAUCCGACUGUGUUCGAAGAGUGUAAAGAAAAAAUGAGACCAGUAAAGAAGGCCCUUAGAGCUCUGGACAAUCCAGAUCAAACAUUAUCUGAAAAUGAACAAGUGACGCGGACACGCGCAUGUUUGACACAAAUAGGGAAUCAAAUAGACAUUUGUCUCGAGGCUUAUGCAGACCAAGAGAAAAAAAUUGAAUGGAGAAGCAAUCUCUGGUAUUUCGUGUCUAAGUUUACCAAUUUCGAUGCUAAACAAUUGUACAGAUUGUAUAAGUAUGGAUUAAAGAAAAAUACUGAAGCAAAACAAAAGGAGGGUAAACACAAAGAAAAUGUUAAGACAAACAAUAAGAAUAAUCACAACUCAAAUAAUCAUGUUAAGAUUCCAAGAAAAGAAGCUAAACAAAACGACAAUAAUGAUAGGAAGGAAAAGAGGCCCAAGGCGGACAAAGAGAAGACUGACAAAUCGAAUGAUAAGGCUCCACACUCUUCUGGUAUCAAAAGAAAGUUAGAAGAUGGUGAAUGUGACCCUGAACCAAAUGAAAAUAAACGCCAUGAAAGAAAUAAACACAAGCACAAGGAUCGUCAGGAUAGAGAUAGGAGCAUGAAGCGGGACGAUUUGAUCUACAGAGAGCGGAGCCGGUCCGAGCGGGAGCGCGAGAGAGACCGCGAUCGGGAACGGGACCGGGAUCGAGAUCGCGAGCGCGAUCGCGACCGAGACCGAGGUCAUGACCGCGAUCGAGAUCGGUCGCGAACUCGCAGAGACAGCGGCGGCGCAGGUCCACCACGCGCUAGACCUGCAUACGGAAUGUCACACCCGCAUCCCGACCAUCCUACGCAUCCGGGAUGGACGCCGCCAGCCUAUCCCGGCCCUCGGCAGUAUCGAAGUGACCGCAACCCUCGAGCUCAUGAUAAGAGACGAUACCCCGGCUAUGGCGCCAUGCCCGCGGGUCCGUAUGGUGGGUACUAUGACGCUACCAUGACCAGCGGCAUGGGAUUUCCGCCAGUGCGGCCCUAUCCAUCUGAGGAAUGGCGAGGCUACACGCAACCCGAAUUCUCCUACGAUGAUAGAGACUAUGAACGUGAAGUUUAUAGGAGAGAUUACGACCGCCGAGCGCCACCAACUUAAUUCUCCAAAAAAGUAUAGAUAGGCAUUGUAAAUAUAUUUGUAAAUUAUUAGUGUAAAUAGUUGUUAGAUAUCUCUUUCCGUGGACACUGGUCUGACCGUGAAGAUGUUAACUGUAAUGGUAUAAGUGACAAAAUAGUGCUGUGGUUUUAUCUAUGUGAUAAUGAUAAGCGAAGCGCAUCGAUUUCAUCUUGAGACAUAAGUUAAUGUUAGUUGACCGUGUUUUAAGUGAGACUGUAUUGUAAAUUUAUUUAUUACCAAAUCUGUCGAUUGAUUGUUAAUGUACAGAACUAGACACAAUAUCUACCAAUUUAUUUUAUAUUGUUUAAAUUUUUGUUGCUAAUUAACUGGUUCUAAAUGAUAUUUUUUUAAUGUGUAAUUCAAUGUCUAUUUAUUUGAUGCUGAAAUACGACUUCGGUAAUUAAUUUGGAAAAGUCAGGUGAUAUACAAAUGUAGUUCAUAGUGAUUGUACAAAAUUUAGCAUUAUUAGUAGGUUUGCAUUAAAUUCAAAAUCAUGUGCAAUUGUGUAUAGCAUACCAAAAGGGGCACAUAGACUUUGUCAUUGCAUUUUAGCAGUGAUCAGGAAAGAGUGUUUUGAUUUGUACAUUCAUUUCUCAUUCUACGUGCAUUUCAGAGUCCUCCUAACAGGACUCGUACAGUCCU